GAAGCCUUCCGCAAACCACUUGGAGCAUACUAUGAAGCUAUGAUAAAGUUAUCCUGGAUUGUUUUUGAUCUUGUGACCGCCACUAUGCCCUACGACUCGCAUUUCUGGGAUGGUUUCAAGGCCAAUACUCCGAUAUUUCCUUUCCGUUUGUUACAUUGCCCGCCAAGCCUAGGCCAGGAAGAUGGUGAGAAUCGACAGCUGGGCAUCAGUGCGCACAGAGACUUUGGUGCCAUCACGCUACUAUUACAGGACGGUCAUGCCGGGCUGGAAGUGCAAGACCAGGAGACGGGGGAAUGGAUCGGCGUGCCUGCGGAUAGAAACGCAUACGUCAUUAACAUGGGUCAAAUGAUGAGCAGGAUCACCGGUGGUCAAUACAAGAGCAGUCUUCAUCGAGUGGUGAACAGAAAUUCCACAGAUCGCUACAGUGUGGUACUUUUUGUCGAUGGCAAUUUGGUCUUCGAAUUGCGGCAGUUGGAUAAGAAGCCCGAGGAGGACGAGGAUGCACCCACAGUAGCACAGCAUUUCCGGUCACGUUUGAUGGCCUCGUACAAACUUCCGCGGGAGCACUGGAGCUGAUGCUGGGGUCGAGGCUGUUGGUUGACACACUGUGUGACGGUGUGGGUGUCACCAGGCUCAAC